AAAAAAUCCAUCAAAAGGAUUGCCAGCACUACCCCUAAUAAGCCCCCCUUUUUCAGAAUCAAAACUUUAGCCCCUACCUUUUUAGGUCCAAUUAGGGUUUUUCUCGUUUUUUAAUUAAUUGAAUUUCCAUAAUUCUGAAGCUCACAGCCUUCAGUUCUGAGCUACAAUCAAGCCCACUAACUUCGCCAUCUUCCUCUACUUUCUGUUUUCAGAAAAUUAAAUAAUCCGAUUCUUUAAUCGGAAUCUGUUUUUUACGGCCCGGUUCACUGUAUAACGUUUCUUUGAAUUGAAUUAAGAAGAAUGGUUCACUUUAAUAGAUCAAAUUGCUUUGGCUAAAAUAUUGAUAUGGAAUUUUAAUUAUGCAUGGGAACUUUGAUUACUGAUUAGAACAGUGUAAUCAGGCCAUGGAGGUGGAGGAUUGGGAAAGCUGUUCUUCAUCUGAAUUGAUUGAUAGUACUGAUGAUACUGCUAUCAAAGAUGAAGAUUUGUGCUAUACGCUCCACUCUUUAACCAAAUUGCAGUUUAGGAGUGACAUCUCAAAGGCCAAAUGGAAUAAUGAAAUGGGAAUGGCUGAGUUGAUUGAAAAAAAGGGUAAAUUGUGGACAACUACCGGAGUUGUUCGGAACGGAAAGAGCUACUGCACAAUUGAGGAAACAUUGUUCUUGACUGAAUUGGGGGCAUUAAUUGUUAUGGAUGAUGAUGGUACACAUAUUUCCUUAGAAAAUUUGUAUGGGAAGAUUGGAGAUGAAAAGAGUUGGUGUUGCUUGCAGCUUUUUGAGGUUUAUUGGCAUAUGAAGUCUUUAGGCUAUAUUGUUGCACGCCAUGGUCUUCCUUGGUCUGUAAAGAGUGUUAAGAGUAUCUGUCAAUCUGAUUCAAUUAAUGGUGCACAAGAAAACAAUGAAUUGGUAGUCGAUGUGCAUGUGAAACAGAUGGAUUCGAUUGCGGAAAGUCUGAAGAAUUUGCAGGUCGAUGAGAUGAGAUUGGAUUUUGAUGUUUAUCUUCCAAAUAGCAAGUUUAGAAAGUCCUCUCCUGGUGAUCCAGCUUUUUUGCUAAGCUUAAUUAGGGGAAAUCCACCAUCCAAAUCUCAAAUUGAAGCCCUUGAGAGACAAUGUGGUGAAAUUUCUUUGAAGUUUUGUCAUAUCGAUAACGGCCGUGUCAGCAUUUUUACCUUUCAGAAGGUUGAGCUUCCUCUGCUACCAUGACUGUCGCAGGAGCAGCUUGAGUUGCAGAUAAUGUGUGGGGAAAGAGAAUAAUUUAAUUGAAUUUAUAAAAUUGAGAUUUGGGGCCAAAAUUACAUGUAUCUAUAGCAUCAAAUUGUAACUCAACUCUGUUUUUGUAAUGGAAUGCAAUUCAUUUUUUUAUC